AACCACCACCUGUCCCAAUCACGUUUCCAUAUGUAAUCUCUCUCUUCCGUCUUCAAGUCAACUCACAUUGCUCUCGAGCUAAACACUGAAGAAGAAGCAUAAGCUUUUGGUUGGCAAAAACAGAAGUAAGCCAUGUCUGCGAGAGCGAUCCUAUCAUCCUUGCUUCUGCUGAUACUCAUCGCCGCAUCGGCAACGGCGGAGAAUAUCGGAUACGACGAGUCAAACCCGAUCCGUAUGGUCUCCGACGGUCUCCGGGAGGCAGAGGAAUCCAUUGUCCAGAUCUUAGGCCAAUCUCGUCACGCUCUCUCCUUCGCUCGCUUCACUCAUCGGUAUGGGAAAAGGUAUGAGAACGCGGAGGAGAUAAAGCUCAGAUUCUCUAUCUUCAAGGAGAGUCUUGAUUUGAUCAGAUCCACCAAUAAGAAAGGCUUGUCUUACAAACUCGGUCUCAAUCAGUUUGCUGAUAUGACCUGGGAAGAGUUUCAAAGGAGCAAGCUUGGUGCGGCUCAGAACUGCUCUGCUACUUUAAAGGGAAGCCACAAACUCACCGAAGAAGCUCUUCCGGAAACCAAAGAUUGGAGAGAAGAUGGUAUUGUUAGUCCAGUCAAAGACCAGGGCAAAUGUGGAUCUUGCUGGACUUUCAGCACGACAGGAGCUCUUGAGGCAGCAUAUCAUCAAGCAUUUGGAAAAGGCAUUUCUCUCUCCGAGCAACAGCUUGUGGAUUGUGCUGGAGCUUUCAACAACUUUGGCUGCAACGGUGGCCUUCCUUCCCAAGCCUUUGAAUACAUCAAAUCCAACGGUGGCCUUGACACUGAGGAAGCUUAUCCUUACACCGGCAAAGAUGGAACCUGCAAAUAUUCAUCUGAAAACAUCGGUGUACAAGUCCUCGACUCAGUCAACAUUACUCUGGGUGCUGAAGAUGAACUGAAGCAUGCGGUUGGGUUGGUGCGACCAGUAAGCAUAGCAUUCCAGGUUAUACACUCGUUCCGGCUUUACGAUGGCGGAGUUUACACAGAUAAGGACUGUAAAAGUUCACCAACGGAUGUGAACCACGCGGUUUUGGCGGUUGGUUAUGGAAUUGAAGGUGGUGUUCCAUAUUGGCUUAUAAAGAACUCAUGGGGAGCUGGUUGGGGUGACAAAGGUUACUUCAAGAUGGAGAUGGGCAAGAACAUGUGUGGUAUUGCGACAUGUGCAUCCUACCCGGUUGUGGCUUAAAAAGAUGAUCAGAGAAUGUGGUCGCCUAAUGACUAGAUUACAUUCACGUUUGCAUGUUUUUAUUGGAUUAUGGCAUUACUUGAAAGCUGGCCUGCUUGAAAGUUGGGGCUUAAGAGUGCAUAAUGCUUGUUGUAUGUACAAUAAGGUCUGUUCAUAUGUACAAUAUAUAAUGGAACAAACUACAGACGGUAAAUUAAUAAACAUAUCCAAUGUUAAACUUUAAAACAAACUGAUUUAAGACCUUAAUAGAUUUGUUCUUGACCC